CCAAAACGCACAAGGAUUCGGAGAGCAUCCUUGAUUUGGCUGGAUGUCUGGAAUUCAAUCAGCUGAGUUUGAAUUGCGGUCUCAUCCAGCGAGGGUAUCGUUUUCUUAGCAAGGGAGGAUAAUUAUCCACUUGGGCGGACUGGGAGAGGAUCACGUACAAAUGCAUUAAUAUCCUUUGGCAUGCUGUAGUCUUCAAAUCUGGUGGAGAAGUUAUAAUUUGUAAAUUGAACUCUUUCAUCACCUCCGACAAUGCUGCGACCUUGUCCCUCAGCCUUUCGUUUCUUCAGUGUGCAGUAGCCUUCCAGAUGACAAAUCCAAAUCGAACAGCUCAAGCUUCCUAGUAAAGGCCUCAAGUUUUUCCACCAUGUCCACGACUGUUUUCCAUCUUCCUUGUAACUGGAGAUUUAACCCGUUUAAAUUAGAAUAUGCCAUGGUUAGAUUUAUAAUGACGUCUGAGAUUGAAUUAUUUGUAAACAGCGAUAUUUUCAUUGCAAAUAAGACACACUGGCAUGGCAUUGGGAAAAUAUGGUAAAAUGAACGCAUAUCUCUGUACAUUCUAACCUGAAACUUAAAUUUUUAUUAUCCACCUUUCUUUUGAUACGUUUUGAGAGCGACAUUUUCUGUUGCUAUCAAUAUGAUUGUUCUGAACAGAACGAAUGUUGACGUUAAAACAACAGUGUAGCCUACAGUUGACAAGGUACAUCUGUUUUUCCCCACCAAUCAACGUACAGAGAAAUAGACCAAAUAAUAUUUGAAUAGAGACAUGGUGAUUUUAUGAGCGUAAUCAGAUCGAAAUAAAAUAUGUUAUUGUCACUGAAUUUAUUAUGUACUAAUCGGAUUUGUUAAACAUGUUCAAUUUGUAGUGUAGGCCAAUUCAUUGUGCUAAAAUUCUAUGCUAAUUAUGCUCUGACCCGCCGACUAUUAGCUCAGAAAAAAAUUGGGCCGAGGCCAAACAUAGUUGACGAACCCUCAACAGUAUGUACUCCUGUGUUUAAGACAAUAUCAUUGUUGUUUUUUUACUUCCUUUUUGCUAAGAAGUAGCUGAUAGAUAGUUUAUAAGCCUGCCUGUUAGAUAAAUAUAAUACCUAGAUCUAAGGCUGUCGAUACACGCCAUCACAGUAGGUGGAGCAUUACACUUCGCUUAGUGCGGCCCACACUAGCUAGCUGAACUUGAAAGAAGACAUUUUUACAGACUGGUUAGCUUGCUGUCUGGGCUAAAUCGAUGUAGCCAUUUGUGUUGUUCCUUUAGAUCUAGCUUAUUGCGGUUGUAUUUGAUUUGCAUGCUGUAGUUUUUUGUCUAAGUCCGUCCGUCAAGAGCGGCUUUGUUGUUGUUGCUGAUGUUGUUAGCCAGAAUACAGUUAGCUGGCUAAAUAGCUAGCUAGCCUCUGCGUUCAUUUCGCUGGCCUACAUUUUCCUAUCAAGAUGCCGCUGGGUUUGAAACCAUGUUGCGCUGUCUGCAAAACAAACUCAUCGUCUAUGUGGAAAAAGGGAAACCAAGGAGAGAUCCUGUGCAAUAACUGUACGGGGAAGAGCACCAGCAGUGGAGCAUCUGGACCGUCUGCGUCCUCCAACACACAGCAGAAUAAUGUCGGGGGCAAGCAGUCUAAACAAGAGAUCCACAGGAGAUCAGCACGGUUGAGGAGCACCAAGUACAAAAAUCCUGCUACCGAAAAAAAGGUCUCUACCAAAGGAAAAGGAAGAAGACACAUCUUCAAACUAAAAAAUCCAAUCAAAGCACCAGAAUCUGUUUCCACUAUCAUCACAUCAGAAUCAGUCUUUUAUAAGGGUGUGUAUUAUCAGAUAGGAGAUGUCAUCAAAGUUACAGAUGAGGAUGAUGGGAGGCCAUACUAUGCACAGAUCAGAGGUUUUGUCCAGGACCAAUACUGUGAGAAAAGUGCAGCCUUGACUUGGUUGAUACCAACCCAGGCCAGUCCUAAGGACCUGUUUGAUCCUGCCACUUACAUUGUUGGUCCAGAGGAGGAUUUUCCCAGGAAGAUGGAGUACCUGGAGUUUGUGUGCCACGCCCCCUCGGAGUACUUCAAGUCCAGGAGCUGUCCUUUCCCCACCAUUCCUAUCCGUCCAGAGAAAGGCUACAUCUGGACCCAUAUUGGACCCACGCCAGCCAUCGCUAUCAAAGAAUCUUUUGGCAACAGCAAUUAGCUGCUGGGGCAUUUACCAUGAAGAUAUUAACUUUGUUUGUUAGCUUGCUAACGGACGUAUGUACAUUUUUGUAAUAUAAUGGAGACAAGUUUUAGACUGUAUAAGACACAUUAUUAGUCUUUGAAUAUGGAAACUGGUUUGUAAACAUCCACAAUCUAAAUGUAACAUCUUGAACAGUACGAUAACUACCCAUGAAAUGAUCAUCCAGAGGUGACACCAUCAAACAUGGGAUUGACUUUUAUAUUCAGUAAUGUGGAAAAUACGUUUUCAAAAGCUUUGUUUACUAGAAUGCUUUUAAAACAAUCAACUUAAUUUUCUUUAGACAUCUGUGUCAUUCAUGUGAAGUGUUUAACGAAUAUUAGAUCGAGACCAACUAACAUUUUUAAAUAAAGAACAUUUAUUUAGAGAUAAGCUGUUAAUAGCUUCCAGGUUA